AAUAUAAAAUGAAAAGCCAACUAAAGUUGACAGAAGAACAAAAAAAGGCUAUAGAAUGGGAACCAAGAGACACGCUUAUUAUUUCAUCUUGUCCCGGAAGUGGUAAAACUUUAGUAUUAGUAUACCGCGUAGUUUUUUGGAUAGAUCAGUUGCAUAUACCUCCUAAAGAUAUUCUCUUGAUUACUUUCACUAGAAGUGCUUGUGCUGAAGUAAGAGAAAGACUGAAGAAUAUGCUGGGAAUCCAAUUAGUAGAAAACUUGAGAGUUUGGACUUUUCAUUCCUUAGCUUUGAGUGUUGUGAGGAGUAUGGGAGAAACCGUACUCAAGGAAAAGUUUGGAGUUUCUCGAAACUUUACUAUAUUUUCUAAUGCUGAACAACGCAAAUUGUUGGAAAAAAUUUUAUCAGAAGUAGCUUUAGACGAAAAUAGUGUUCAACAAAUGGAUUGGAAAGCUCCCAAAGUGUUCUCCAACAAAGAAGUUUCGAAUAUUCUGUUUCAAAUACAAAAACAUAAAGCCACACUGACUACACCAACAAAUGGUAAACUUGGAGCUAUUUUUGAAAAGUAUAACAAGUAUCUACAUCAUUGUAACGGACUUGAUUUUUCUGAUUUAUUGCUCUGUGCAAUACAAGUGUUAGAAAUUGGCAGAGACAAUGACUCAUCUUUGUCAAAGAUUCGGAGACGCUAUCCAUAUGCAAUAGUUGAUGAGUACCAAGACUGCUCUAUUUUGAAUAAGACAUUUCUUCGCUCUAUCUUACGAGAUGAUUCACAUGUAACUUUGAUUGGUGAUGAUGAUCAAAGCAUAUAUGGUUUUCAAGGAGCAGAAGGAGGACCACUUACUCCGAUAUUUAGUAAAAGUGAAAAGGAAGAGAAUUGUUCAAUUCUUAGCCUUAGUGUUAAUUUUCGAAGUGACAAACAGAUUGUCUUGUGUACGAGUAACUUAAUUCUUAGAAACAAAUAUCGUACUCCGAAAACAGUCAUAAAUGACUCAGCAAAGGAAGGUCAGAUACAAGUUUGGAUCUGUAGAAAUGAAAAAUGUGAAUUGGAAACAUUGUCUAAUAAUAUUUUGAAUUUAACUUCCAACGGAGUUGCAAACAACAACAUUGCUAUCCUCGUGAGGACCCGUUCUCUUGCUUUUGAAAUAUUUUCGUAUCUCAAAAAUCGUGAAAUCCCUUGUAGACUCGUUUCAGAAGCAUCUCAAUCUUCUGGUGAUGACUUUGAAAUACUUCCAAGAAAUGGACAGGACCUUUGUAUUCUAAUUGUGAAGAGUUUUUGUAAACUCAUGUUAAAUAUCAAAGAUGACGUGGCGUUGCUACUCAUUACAGCUAUUUAUUUCCCAAAUGUUCCUCAACAUCUUCUUUCUCAGUGGAAGAAUUCUAGUUGGGAAUCUCAUGGUCUGUUACAAGAAUUAAGAGAUGCUUGUAAGAGCAGUUUAAAAGGUUCACGCAGUCUUCAGUUACAGGAGAAAUCGAAGUUAAUGUUGGUUGAAGAGUAUUCUGAAGAAAUCAAUCAAGUUCUGUCUCUCGUGGAUACGAUUACCGGAAAGUUUUUAAAGAAAACUCGACUGUCCAUUCUAAGUGAAGAAAUUAUUGAUCUUCUCCCUUCAGAUGUACGAAGAAGAAUAGGAGACAGGGACUUGUUUGUGUCCAAACAGAUAUUUCAGAAAGCUGAAAUGUCAUUAGAACAACGGAUGGAGUGGUCAACACAACAACAUUCUGAGGAAAUUCAAAAUGACUCUGUGAAGAAGGCACUACUUGCUCUAUCAAAGAAUCGAAACCACAAUUUGUUCUCUAACAAUUCUGUGUUUCCAGGAAAGGUAGAUAAUGUAUAUACACGAUUGAAGCUAUUUGUUGAUUCAUUGGAAGAAGUCCAAUGUGAAUAUGAAAUGAAGCUGCAAAAGAACAAUUGUGUUCAAUGCUGUACGGUUCAUCAGGCAAAGGGAAAAGAAUGGGAUUAUGUUCAUGUUGUGAGACUGAACGAAGAUCAUUUUCCUCUGCGUCCAAGAUUACAAACUACAUUAACGGAAAGAGACGUGGAAGUUCACUAUGAGGAAGAAAGGAGAAUAGCGUAUGUUGCCAUGUCUAGAGCAAGAAGAGCUCUCUUUCUGUCCUAUUUAGAAGAAGAAGAGGAAGGCAAACAUCUCAUAGCGUCCAGAUUUCUGACCGAAAUUCCGGAUAGUCUUACUACUAGGAAACGAGUAGACGCCGUCCAAAGCGUUCCUUCAAAGCAAGAACGACAAAGUCCAACACGAAAAAUAACUGAACCACCUGCACCUCAAAGGAAAAGAAAGAAACAACGACAACGAUAAAGCAGUAUCGAUUGUGCUGUUGCU